GGUGGGUCAUCUAUUUCUAUCUUAGCUUGAUUCUCUAAACCUCUGAGAUAUAUGAUCAAUAUCCGCUGUAGUAUAAAUAGCUAUCUAAAGCUUUGAAAAUUUCAUCACACUCAAAAUCGAAAAGCUUCUGUUUAGCAAAAAUUCAAUAUUAUCACACUCAAAGGAUUAAAACAUCUCCUUAGUUUUCUCCCUUUUGAAAGAUUUCAUUACAACGAUGGCUAUUCGAUUCCCUUCUGUCGUCUCUAAUACAAAGCAAAUUCGUGCCAAAAAUCAACAAGCUGCAGUACCAAAAGGGUGUGUACCAAUUUGUGUAGGUGAUCAAGCUGAUAAGAAACGAUAUGUGGUGCCAGUUUCUUACUUGAGCCACCCAGCGUUUCAAGACUUGUUACAACGCGCUGAAGAAGAGUUCGGGUUUAAUCAUCCUAUGGGUGGUCUCACGAUUCCUUGCUCUGAAGAAACAUUCAUGGAACUAACUUCUGAACUGAAGUGCUAACCAUUCAUGGAACUAAUUUCUGAACUGAAGUGCUAACCAGAUGAAAUGAAGAACAGAGAUGUUUUACUUACUGUUCUUAAUUUUUUGUGGGAGUUUUUACUUACAGAUGUAUUCUCCCAGGACAAAUUAACAUUGUACAGAUAUACAAUUUUGCCCAUCUGCAUCAUUCAGAUGAGUGGUUCUUAAUAUAUUUUCUAAUGGACUCACUUUCGUAUGAAAA